ACUCAUUGCAAGUCAAACUCUCGCACAAGCAAGACGCACUUUCACCGGUGACAGUUAGCUACCUCGUGGAAGAUAUCGAUAAGUGUUCAGUGAUUCAGUGAUAUUGCCACUAGGAAAGCGAUAAGGAUGCAUCAGAAGGUGUCAGGCUGGGCGCUAUUGGCCCUCAUCAGUUCAUCGGCCAUACUUCAUACGCUUGCGUAUCCACAGUCUUCCCCCCUUAUCUCACAGGCACCUAGUAAUGUUCGGACACAAAACCUCCAGUAUUACAGCAAUUCCUUGCCCCACCCUCAUCGAGAGCAAAUAGCUGAAGAGCGAAAGUUCGCUGAAAAACCCAACGCGUUGAAGAAAGUAGCGUUGGACGAUCUGGACGACAUUCAAAAUAAUUCUAUUUCCGAUAGCGGUUUCUCAUGGUCGAAUAUGUUGGGUAUGAUUAUGCACAUGAUUUUCAACCCUGGCGGCAACGGACCUAACAAGAGUGACAACUUGGAUACCGAUGUCGGCUCGCCAUCUCCUUGGGCCAGUUUACUGUCCAUGGGCUUCAAAAUCUUAACAGCCAUUCUGGGAGGAGGCGCAUCCAAUGACGGCAUCGACAAAGUCGACAACGGAAACUCUCCAAUGCAGAGUAUAUUGGCCGCGGUUCUGUCGACGGUGCUCGGUGCAAAAGAUCCUGACCAAGUCGCCUCCAUGGCAAAGCAGGCUGGAGAGUUCAUCAACAUCGUCGUGAAUCUCUUGGACGCGCUCAAGACGUCGUUGUCUCAUCGGUCACUGAGUGCUCGAUCAGCCGGCCGUAAGGAUUCCGUCAGUGAUGCUGCCCUUGCCGGUAUUGCUAUGCUCAAGACCUAUGUGAGAUCCUUCGGAACCAGCGACGACAAAUGCCUUCAGAAAUACGUAUGCGAUGCUAACAAUGAAUGUUCCAGCGAUAUCGGACCCAAGAGUGUCUUCUGCCAACUUGGAACUUAUGCUGCAAGCUUUGUUCUGGAGAGGCAAUCGGCUGGCACGUUUGAUCAAUUUUAUGAGGCAGGACGGCGUGGUCGUUCCGGCAUCGAUUGCCGUCAACUCUACCUCGAAUGCAACGAGGUUUAAUAUUUAAGGCCGCUAAAGAUUCACUUUACGUAAAAUUCCGCCAAAUACUUUUAAAACGAUGACAAUAGUGUUAACAUGUCGCUGUGAAGAUGACUUAAAAAAAAGAUUCCGACAAAUUGAGAACCUCCUCCUUUUUUGAAGUCGGUUAAAAAAUAACUUUUACGUAAAAUAAUUUUGUAAAGAAACAGUUUUAAAACUUGAGAUCAGAUUAGUGCUUCUUCCGAAUUUUCAGUUUAUAAUGUGCUUUUUAUGAACGAUUUCGCUUUGCAUGGAAAUUGGCAGUCUGUUGUAAAUUUUAUCCCAUCGCACAGUAUAAAAAACUGCAUAAAGUUAGGUAUUAUUUAUUUAAAUUAUUUAUUUAUUUAACUUAUUUUAGAAGUUAAUGCUUAGAUCACGUUAAACAAACCACAAAUGUGUAGAAACCUUGUAGAAAUGUGUAGACCUUUUUAAAAUAUUCCAACGUCUAGAAUUCCAGAUCCAUUAAAUUUUAUUGUAUUAUAAAAUUGGCAAUGAAUUUGUUUUGUAAUUCCGCCAAUUUUGUGAAAUUAACGACUGAUGUAAAGGGUGAUAUGAUUAUAUUUAUUUAUGUCACUGGAUAGUUAGUAAUGAUUAUUGUGUAUAUUUUUGUGAUGGUAUGAUUGAGGACGUCCUUGAGUGAAUGUGAUUGUAAAAUAAAAUUUUAAAAAGAAAAGACUCUUUUAUUUCAAAC